AUGGGCUCUUCCCUGUGGACACAGCGGCUACGCCAAUGCGUGCCGCUGACGACAGACGCAGCCAUCAUUGCGCUGCAAGCGGGCCUGCUUGUCGUUUUCCUCGGUCUCCUCCACUCCUCCUCUCCGCCCGACCUCCUUCCGGGCUCUCAACUUUUGCGCUCCCUUUCCUUCUCCGCGUCACCCGGCGACUCUACCACUUCGGCGGCCCCUCAUCAGCAUAUCUCCGUUGAUUGCUGCACUAAGAACAGCAGCAGCAGCAGCAGCAGUAUCGAAGACUCUUCUAACGAGGACAAUCCUCCGCCCUUCCCUCCACCGGAGCGCGCCAUCGUGGCGUGGUUCGCGCGCCGCUAUUGGUCCGCCAUGAACGCAGAGGCGGCGCGCUGCGGAUUGAAGCGCAGCCGCCAGGUGGCGUGGCAUGAUUUGCUCGCGGGAUUGCCCUUCUCUCCCCCAUUCCCUCCCUGCUCGUUCCCCUCCCUCCCAAACCCCCCCUCCCCCUGCACCUUCCCCCUCUUCCCCCCGCCUUUCCCCCUCUAUUCCAGAGCGCGUCCGCCUUUCACUAAGAACCCGGCAUGUCGGCAUCUGCGCCGGGGAUGUGCCUUCUCGCUGCUGCGCCAGCUUCCGCUCCUGCAACUGCCGCCCAAAGAGCUUCAGCUGCCGCUUAAAGAUGUGCAGCUGCCACCCGAAGAAUCGGAGAAGGGAGCGAGCGGCAGCGGGGUGGCCGUGAAGGGAGUGGCGGUCGAUUCGGAUUUGAAGCUCAUUGCAAUUGUCUUUCCACAGGUAAUGUGCUGUGCGAUCUGGUGGGAUGAUGUGCGGUAUGAUGGGGUGGAAGUGCGAUGCAAUGGGGUGUUGUGUGGUGCCGCUGGUGGAACAGAAAUGGAAACAUGUGCGUCUGCUGCUCCAAUCCCUCUUGCUCGCUGCUCCAACCCCUCUUGCUCGCUGCUCCAAUCCCUCUUGCUUGCUGCUCCAACCCCUCUUGCUCGCUGCUCCAACCCCUCUUGCUCGCUGCUCCAACCCCUCUUGCUCGCUGCUCCAACCCCUCUUGCUCGCUGCUCCAACCCCUCUUGCUCCCUCCCACCGUGGACAAACCGGUGGGAUGGGGCGAAGGGGGGAGGGGGAGGGAGUGGGAACGGAGUGUUGCUGGAGCAGACAUAUGGGGAUGAGAAGUGCUGGAAGGAGCAUUUUGACUGGCUGUUGAAGUUCUUCAACCAUCCGAACUACAUCAAGGUAUCAGGCCGGCCUAUGUUCGGACCCGAUCCACUUGACAGCAAGGAUGGAGGCUCGGAUGAGGCUGGCUCGGCAGGACGUGGCUGA